AAAAAAAAAAGAGUGGAAAAAAAACAUUAUUCUACCUGGCUAGUGCCCGGCAAAAGGAAACCACAAGUCUGUGUGAGGGCACGAACCAAGUCGCGCCGCCGCCGCCGUCUCGGAUCGCCUCUUCCUCUCGGAUCUCCCUAGGUUUCGCGGCCGGAGCAGAUCCAUGGCGCUGGCGUCGAGGCUGGCGCAGCUGCAGGCCAAGGCGUGCGAGGCCACGCGGUUCGUGGCGCGGCACGGGUGCGAGUACCAGCGGUCCCUCGCGGAGAAGAACAAGAAGUACGUCGUGGAGCCGCCCACCAUCGAGAAGUGCCAGGAGCUCUCAAAUCAGCUCUUCUACACCCGCCUCGCCAGCCUUCCUGGUCGCUACGAAGCAUUCUGGAAAGAGCUUGAUCAAGUGAAGCAGCUGUGGAAGAACAGGAACGAUCUGAAAGUCGAGCACGCCGGUGUCGCAGCACUCUUCGGCAUCGAGCUGUACGCGUGGUUCUGCGCAGGCGAGAUCGUUGGGAGAGGAUUUACUUUGACAGGGUAUCAUGUCUGAGCGCGGAGCAACAAAUUCAGUCCCCUUUCGCUGAUGACUUCUUAGGCACAUAAUUCGCAGCCAGAUGCCUAGUUUGUUUUCGAAUUUAGAGAGAUUAUUUUUGGUGCUGUGUGAAAUGCACGCGUGCAUCUCGGUGAAACCGACUUAUUGAGAUACAAUAAUCUGCUACAUCAUGGUUUAAUUCUGGGGUACCACAACUGUUUGAUGUUAUUGAUGCCCUUGGUGACUUGGUCUU